AUGGGGAUGCGCGCGCCCGUGGCACUGGGAGUGACACACGCAGUGUGCAUACUUUGCACACUGGCUAAAGAGUGUCCAUUAUCUCAGAGCAUGAUUUCGUCAGUAGUGAACGGCACUUACUAUGCCAGCAUCUCUGCUGCGAGAUGUCAGGAGUUCGGCGAGUGGUACAAACACUACAAGAGGGCCAAAUCUAUGAUGGGUGAAAUGAGCAGGCAAUGCAACCAACCCUCAUCCUCCAGCCAGCCCACCAUGUACCAGCAGCCAAUGGAAGGCAGUGGGGCGGAGUCAUGUGGUGUUGUCCAGAUGCAGGCUGGAAUGCCAGGUCUGGUGAUGGCUCAGCUCCUCUCACAGCAGCACGCCAUGUCUCAACUUCUCACACACGCUCACACGCACUCGCACGGACCUCAUCCUGCGCCACUAAGGACUCCACCCAAAUGCAGUGUUUCCCCAACCACAGUACCUCAAUGUCCCUCACCUGUCGACGACGUGUCACCUGAAAUUUACCUCUGGGUGCGUGAGGAGCUGAAGAGGGCGGGGGUUUCCCAAGCAGUGUUUGCACGAGUGGCCAUUAACAGGACUCAGGGCUUGCUGUCAGAGAUCUUGCGCAAGGAAGAGGACCCACGGUGCGCAUCUCAGUCUCUUUUAGUGAACCUUAGGGCCAUGCAGAGCUUCCUGCAACUCCCGCAGAGCCAGAGAGACUCCAUUUAUCUGGAGGAAAGAGAGCGUAACCUCAACUCUACCUACAACACCAAUACCAGCUCACCUCUGCCCAUUCAGGCAAAACUUUCACCUCUUUCCAAGGACAUUGUAGUCAAAGUGGAAUGCGUUGAUUCUGGAAUAAAUUAUGGCAUCUAUGAUGAAAUACAGCAGGAAAUGAGACGAGCAAAAGUGUCACAGGCCUUGUUUGCAAAAGUCUCUGCGGCAAAGAGUCAGGGCUGGCUGUGUGAGCUCCUGCGCUGGAAGGAGGAGCCAUCGCCUCAGAAUCGUACACUGUGGGAAAAUCUGUCUCUGAUACGCCAGUUCCUAAAUCUCAGCCAAUCCGAGCGAGAUGUUAUAUAUGACCAGGAGAGCAAUACCGGGCAGACGUUCUACUCUGAAAAACACACAAGACCACUGACUGAACAACUACAAGUGAUGCCACAGCAUAUGGUGCCUCUAAAACAGCACCAACAACUACACCAAAUUCCACCUCAGCAUCAUCAACACUUCCUCCAGCAGCAUCUCAUCACUGGAUGUCCCAAAGACUCUCACAUGGGCUCAGAUAUUGGAGGCAGGUCUUUACCACCAGAAGCCCAUGCAGUUCUGCAGAGUUUCAUUCAGGAAGUAGGACUACAUCCAGAUCAAGAGGACAUUCAUACGCUGUCUGCUCAACUGGGAGUAGCCAAAGAGGCCGUUCUUAGCUUUUUCAGUGGUCACAACUGGCUUCGACAGGAAGAACAGGACAACAGAGGAGAAGGAGAGAUUGAGGAAAGGGAAGACGAUUACAUGGAGGCAGAGGAGGAAUGCAGGAGUACAGUGGAAAAUGAUGAGGAGACAAAUGCAAACAUGAUGACAGGGAAACAAGAUGGUGCGGUGGAGCAGAAUGCAUCUACACAAACUCGCUUUAUCAUUACUAUUAAAAAAGAGGAGCAGCUUCCUUGUAAGGAGGAGCGUGAUGAUAGCCCCGCUUACUGCCAAUUCAUAAACUCCUAAAAAAAUACAUAAACUACUGUUCAAAAGCUUGGGGUCAUUUUGUUUGAAUGAAAUUAAUACUUUAGCAAUGAUGCAUAAAAGUGAUAGAAUAUAAUGGUAAAGACAAUUAUAACGGGACAACUUAUUUCUAUUUCAAAUAAAUACUGUUCUUCUGAAUGUUCUAUUCAUCGUCAUCGAUCCAGAAAAAUAAUGCCCCUGAAAUAUUAAGAAGCACAACGGUUUUCAACAUUGAAAAUAAUAAAUGUUCCUUGAGCAAAUCAGCAAAGUAAAAAUUGAGCUUUGCCAUCAAAAGAAUAAAUAAAAAUGUUAAUAUAUUAAAAUAUAAAAAAUUUCACUAUAUAACUGGUUUUAUUGUGUUUUUUUCAAAUAAAGGCAGCUUAAGUGAGCAUAAGCGACGUCAAAAAGAUUUUAAGAAUAUCCUACCAACCUCACAUUUUUGAACAGUAGUCUAUUAAAUCCCAUUUAAACAAAGAAACCGCAAUUAAACCGGGUGACUUUACAAUUUCAUGUAGCGUAUUUACGGUUGUGCCUUUAUGCACAAGGUGUUUUAUUAAAACGUCAUACUUUGAAUGGGCUAUGGAAGUGGAAUAUUGAGGAUUCCAAUUCCAAUCCACAAAGGAAUUGCAAUGGAAAGUAUUCAUUAAACAUCACUGUUCUUAUGUCUAAAAAAGUUUUUAUUAAUAUUAGGGGUGUAAAAAUGCUCAGGUCUGACAAUGGAAAUUAAAUGGAGUUGUUACAGUAUUCAAUCCAAAUUAAGUCGCCAUUUUCAGGAAGAAUUGCAAAUUUGAAUUGUUGUUAUAGCAAAUAUUUACACCCCUAAAUGAAUAGAUUUGCAAUUCUAUAGUAGUAUUAUAUAUUGUUUGUUUCUAGUUUUCUACUCAAACCCUCAAAUGAAUCUUUGCAGGUGGUGGGCAAUGUCAGUCAGUGUUAAGGGUGGCAUAUUCAUCCAGACAGUGUUGUCUUUUACAAGAACUGUUGCCAGAGAUCCUGAAACCGCGAUGUAUUAAAUGUUAGAAAGAAACAGUACAUUACUGUAUUAUUUGUCAAUAGAACAAAACACAAUAGAAACAGCACUUUGAAUUACUGUGAACAGUACUAUCAGUCUCUCUAAUGAAUUACAAUAAAUCUGUACCGUUUGUUAUUGUU